UUAUUUCCACCGCCGGAAUUCAGCGUGGGAGGUACGAAUCGCACAGUUUGGACAGUGAAGGAAGAUGUCUGUCACCCUACACACAGACCUGGGAGACAUGAAGCUCGAGCUGUUUGUUGAACAGUGCCCAAAGACUUGUGAAAACUUCCUCGCCCUGUGUGCCAGCAACUAUUAUGAUGGCUGUAUAUUCCACAGAAACAUCAAGGGAUUUAUGUUGCAGACUGGGGAUCCCACAGGAACUGGAAAGGGAGGUACUAGCAUAUGGGGGCAACACUUUGAAGAUGAACUCAGAGAUGCUUUAAAGCAUAACACAAGAGGCAUUCUGUCAUCAGCAAACAAUGGUCCUGAUACAAAUGGAUCACAAUUUUUCUUAACAUACUCAAAACAACCUCAUUUGGAUAUGAAAUACACUGUCUUUGGAAGAGUGAUAGAUGGCUUUGACACAUUGGAUGCCCUGGAGAAACUGCCGGUGAACGAGAAGACGUUCAGACCAACAAGUGACAUCAAGAUCAGAGAUAUCACUAUUCACGCAAACCCUAUAGCUGGAUGAUAAUCAACAGUUGUGUUGUUGAGAUCAGAAUCUUGUAGGUGGGGCAUGUUUGACAAAUAUCUAAAAACUACUAUUUGCAUUCCACCAAAUGCAAGUCUACAUGCUCAAAGAAAUUGAUUUUGCAUACACUAUGUACAACAGCGUUGGAAAUUAAUUUUUAAGACUAGUCCUGAAGAGUAGUGUAAAGUGAUAUCUUCGGGUGUCCUCCAAGUUUGGUGUGAAGGGUUGCAUCCUCUAGGCAUGCCAGAAACCUAUGAUUGUAGGUUUUACAUCUGGUUUGCUUCCAGGAUUGUCAGCGCCGAAUCUAUGCAAGUGGGUUUCACUAAAUUGGUAAAUGUCU